ACAAAUCAAGCACCGCUACAGUGUUACAGUCGAAGCGACGUGCUUGUGUGUGUUUGUGUGUUUGUGUGUUUGCACGCGCCUCGGAGCUUCAGGAUCAAGUGUGACAUCACUGAGUAAUCCAGGCCUUCAUGUUCAGGAGUAUUAUCAUCAUCUCUUACUGAAACUAGUCGCGUGCUGUUUAUUUUGUGCAGUUUAAAACAAGUUUUCCACACAGCGUUUACAAGCUGAACCAGGAAGUGUGAGCUGCUGCUGUACAUGACUGUGUGUGUGUAUAAGUUUGUUUUUCAGUAAAAUGGCAGAGGUGAAUAUUUCAGUAGCUCAGGAUCAUUUCAGCUGUUCAAUCUGUCUGGAUCUACUCAAGGAUCCAGUAGCUCUUUCAUGUGGACACAGUUUCUGUAUGGUGUGUAUUAAUGGCUGCUGGGAUCAGGAGGAUCAGAAGGGAGUCUAUAGCUGUCCUCAGUGUAGACAAACCUUCACUCCAAGACCUGUUGUGAGUAAAAACACCAUGCUGGCUGAAUUAUUGGAGACAAUGAAGAAGACAAGACUCCAAGCUACACGUCCUGCUCAAAGUUCAGCUGGAUCUGAAGAUGUGGAGUGUGAUUCCUGCACUGAGAGAAAAUCCAAAGCCAUCAAGUCCUGUCUGGUGUGUCUGGCCUCUUUCUGUGAAACUCACCUCCAGCCUCACUAUGAAUCUCCUGCCUUUAAGAAGCACAAGCUGGUCGAAGCCUCCAGACGACUCCAGGAGCAGAUCUGCUCUCAGCAUGACAAACUGCUGGAGGUUUACUGUCGCACUGACCAGCAGUGUAUCUGCAUGUUGUGUACUUUGGAUAAACACAGACGACACGAUGCAGUAUCAGCUGCAGCAGGAAGAGCUCUGAAACAGAAGCAGUUGUUGCAGAGACAGAAAAAAUACCAGCAGAGGAUCCAGGAAAGAGAAAAGGAGCUUCAGGUGGUAAAAGAGGCUUUGGAGUCUCACAAGCGCUCUGCACAAACAGCAGUGCAGGAAAGCGAGAGGAUCUUUACCGAGCUGAUCAAAUCCAUUGAGAGAAGAUGUUCUGAGUUGACUGCGCUGAUCAGAGCUCAGGAGAAAGCUGCAGUGAGUCGAGCUGAAGAAGUCAUGAAGCAAAUGGAGCAGGAGAUUGCAGAGCUGCAGAGGAGAGACGCUGAGAUGGAGGAGCUUUCACACACAGAGGAUCACAUUUAUUUCCUCCAGAAUUUCCAGUCUGUCUCGGCUCCUCCUGGAUGUGAAGAUUUACCCACCAUCACAGUGAUUUCUCUCCAUACUUUUGAGGAUGUAAUAAAGUCUGUGUCUCAACUGAGAGAAAAGCUAGAAAAACACUGUAAAGAUGAGUUUAAGAAUUUAUCAAGUGAAGUGAAAAAUGUUCGGGUUAUUUCUCCUCAAAGCAGAGAAGAGUUGCUAGAAUAUUCCUGUCAGUUCACACUGGAUCCCAACGCAGCAGAUUAUCACCUCCGUCUGUCUGAUGGCAACACAGUCGUGACCAACUGUCAGUCAUCAAUGUCCUAUUAUAUUCCUCCAGGUAGUUUUCAAUGGUUCUCCCAAGUGUUGUGUAGAGAGAGUGUGUGUAAGCCCUGUUACUGGGAGGUGGAGUGGAGUGGGAGUAAUGGGGUUUCUAUAGCAGUGUCAUAUAAAGACAUCAUGAGGAAGGGAAGCGGUAAUGAGUGUGUGUUUGGGCGCAAUGAGAAGUCCUGGAAUUUGCAGUGCUACUCGUCUCACUGCUCAUUCUUACACAACAACCAAGAAACUAAUAUCCCCAUAAAGCCCAGCUCCUCUAGAAUAGGAGUGUUUGUGGAUCACAAGGCAGGAACUCUGUCUUUCUACAGCAUCUCUGACACGGUGAAGCUCCUCCACAAAAUCAACAACACAUUCACUCAGCCUCUGUACCCUGGGUUUACAGUCAAUUCCAGUUCAACUGUAAAGCUACGCCAUUCAAAAUAGAUACCUUUGGAAGUUAAAACCCUGUAAGAUACACAGUAUAGUCCUGGUGUAAAAAAAAAAAAAAGUUAAUGCCAGCAAUUUCAACAUGGAAUGUGCUUUUGUAGGAAAAUAAUUAACAAUGUGUUUGUGUGAUGAAACUCAACAUGCAGCAGACUUACUGUUACCACCAUAAAGGUGAUUUAUUUUCCUGUAACAGCACAUCCUGAAGUUUCAUUUAUUCCUAAUACAACAGCAAACUGCCAAUGCUAACAGUUUUUUUUAUAUAUAUAUUAAUUAAAGAACGAGAUGGUAUAACAUUUGAUCUGCUUCUACUUGCAUUUCAAGUUGUGGAACGUCCACAAAACAAACGGGUUUAUAUAACAUAUAUCACUUAUGUUAUAGCAGCUGUAAACACGCACCAGUCUUUCUUUUUUUUCUCUCUAUAAGUUAAAGUUAUAGCUUUACCUCUGACUGUUACAAAGUGCUGACAUUGAAGACUCUUUGCAUAAAUGUUGAAUAAAAUUUUCACCAAAAUAAAAAUUUUACCAGA